AUGAACACCACCGGACUUAAAGAUGUUGAUGUGGAGGUCAAAGGGACUCUGCUCUGGGAUACGAACAUUCCCUACUGGCUCGCAAACUCGAUGCCGAUCGGAUUUCAGAACCAAACUGCAGCUUGGCACCUCGGUGGCGAGAAUCUUCACUUCUACGGCCAUGGCUAUGGCACUCUGAACGGGAAUGGUGAUACAUGGUACAAAUUCAACGAUGGCGUCAGUAACCGACACGGCAGACCCCACGCAUUGCUCAUCACCAAUACCAAGAACGCCGUGAUCGAAGGCUUGAGAUUCAUCAAAUCGCAAAUGUGGACCAUGACAGUGGCUCGAUCGGAGAAAGUCUUGCUUCAAGACAUUUAUGUCAAUAACUCGGCGCCUGAUUCUUCGCCUAGAUCAAAUGUGAACACAGACGCAGCCGAUACUGUCUACGCAAACAACAUCACAUUCCUCCGCUGGACGACGGAUAACGGAGACGAUGCCAUAAGUCCCAAGCAGAAUAGUACCAACAUCUACAUCGCCAACUGCACAUUCGUUAAUGGUAUGGGUAUUGCUGUUGGCAGUAUCGGACAAUAUCCGGGUCAGAUCGAGGUCAUCGAGAAUAUCACUGCUGUUGAUAUUCGAUGCAUCAACAGUGGCUAUGGUGCAAGAAUCAAGACGUGGACAGGGGAGACUAAAGGCUAUCCACCAAAUGGAGGCGGCGGCGGCAUCGGUCACGCCAAGAAUCUCACGUUCAAGAAUUUCGACCUUGACAAUGUCAACGUCGCUUGGGCUCUUGCCCAAUGCACGAAUUACGAAGGCCAGUCAGGUAGUUGCGAUACUAGCAAGUUCCAAAUUUCCGAUAUCCAUUGGGGCAAUGCGCAUGGUUCACUCAAAGGAGACCGUGUGGCAACGCUCCAAUGCUCCGCGGCAGCGCCUUGCUACAACAUCGAGCUUUUCAAUAAUAAUCUGUGGGCGCUCGAUCAGGAUGUUCAGGCAACUUCGUAUCUUUGCGAGGCAGUUGAAAACACGAUCGGUUUCAACUGCACGGGCGCCUGCAAUGGACAAUGUCCACAUUAG